UUUGAAGAUGUCUGAUAGAACUUCAUGAGAGAGUUUGUAUCAAUUUUGCAAAGUGGUGGUCAAGCUAUACAGCACGAAGUACUUACGAAGGCCAACAAAGAAUGACAUCAUAAAGUUGUACCAGGCACACGAAAGUAAACAUGCUUUUCUUGGAAUGCUUGGUAGCAUAGAUUGUAUGCAUUGGCCUUGGCGUAAUUGCCCUAAUGCAUGGCGAGGUCAAUUUACUCGAGGUGAUCAUGGUCAUCCCACAUUAAUUCUAGAAGCCGUGGCAUCAAAUGAUCUUUGGGUUUGGCAUGCUUUCUUUGGUGUUCCUGGUUCGAAUAACGACAUUAACGUUCUUGGAGUAGAAUACAAGCACGGGUAUUAUCUAGCCGAUGGAAUAUACCCAACAUACACAGCGAUUGUUAAAACUAUACCGUAUCCAGAAGAUGAAAAAAGAAAGAAAUUUGCAAAAUGUCAAGAAUCUGCUAGGAAAGAUGUUGAGCGUCUAUUUGGUGUUCUACAACAAAAAUGGCACAUAGUUGCAAACCCAGCACGAGCACUUGAACUCAAAACAUUGAGAUAUUGUAUGUAUGCUUGUAUCUUCCUACAUAACAUGAUUAUCGAAGACGAAGGUAACGCCAUAUGUGAAUAUGAUCCUAACGACAUUCAUGAGAAUGUUGUACCAGUUGAUGAAGGGCAACAAGAAUCUAAUAUGUGUGCGUUAUACAAUGAGACUACGCAUAACCAUCUUCGCUCGGAUUUGAUUGAACAUGUUUGGCAAUUUGGUCGGGUUAACAACAACGAGUAGUUUUCUUUUUUUAAUUUAUAAUAUGUAGGUUAAAUUUGGAUGUUAUUUUUUUAU